AGUAAAUAAUUGAAAAUGUCGUUCGACUUGAACGCUAUAUCGACAGCAUUAAACGAACCAAACAGAACUGUUAGUGGUGUAGAUUUUUCUGGAAGGUCUCUAAAGCUAGACACUGAAAAAGAUGCACAACCAAUCGUGGACGCCAUCAACGCUUGCCCAGACCUACAUUACCUGACGCUCACUGGCAACACCCUCGGUGUUGAUGCAGCUAAAGCAAUAGCCAAAGCGUUAGCGAGACAUCCCGAGUUGAAGACAGCAAGAUUCUCGGAUAUGUUCACUGGCAGGAUGAAGACCGAGAUUCCACCAGCUUUAAGCGCUCUCGGCGAUGGUAUGAUAGAAGCGGGGGCCCGUUUAUCACAUUUAGAUUUGAGCGAUAAUGCGUUUGGACCCAUCGGAGUCGAGGGGUUGGCGAAAUUGCUGCAAAGUGAUGUGUGCUCACAGUUACAGGAGCUGCGUCUCAACAACAACGGUCUCGGUAUAACCGGAGGCAGGUUGCUGGCGAAGGCCCUGUCAGCCAACCCUCGCUGUCUCCGUAUAUUUGUAGCGGGCAGGAACCGCCUGGAGAACGACGGGGCCAAAGCUUUGGCUGGAGUCUUCCAGUCAAUGGGAACGCUAGAAGAGAUCUCCAUGCCCCAGAACGGUAUCUACCACGUGGGUAUAACAGCUCUAUCUGAGGCUCUGAAACACAACCCGGGACUCGCUCGACUGAAUCUGAACGAUAACACUAUUGGACCUAAAGGCGCUGCUGCUAUUGCAACUGCAUUACCUAAUUUAAAGAAUCUUAAGUCGAUCAACUUCGGCGACUGUCUGCUGAAGAGUUCAGGAGCCCGAGCGUUGGCGCAGGGCUUCAAAGACAACUCCGUGUUAUUGGAGUCCCUGGACCUUAGUCACAACGAAAUAGGCCGAGAAGCUUGUAUGGAUGUGGUAGACGCUCUGACAGCCCUCCCGGACAGCACAGACAGACUCACAAGGGUCGUACUAGCGGGUAACAGUUUGGGAGGUUCAACAAAUAAACAGACAAUGAAGGACAAGCUUGGUCCUUCAGCUGAGCUCAGUGAUGGAGAAGGAAGUGAAGAUGAAUAUGUCUCCGGUUCUGAAGAUGAUGAUGAUGAAGAAUCAGAACAAGAGAAUUCGGAGGACAGUGCUGCCGAGGAUGACCAAAGAGACACCAGCUGUGACAUCAACAACAGUAUCCUGGAGACAACUGAUAUAGUUCAAGAAGUCGAGACGGACGUUGGACGGUUCCUGAUUAACCCAACGUUGGCCAAUUUGGACAAGCUUGGAGCAAACGCCGCUGACGUCAUCGAUGUCCACUUACAGUCAAUACGUGACCCGGAGAGCCUGAUCCAAGCGUACGUGGAGGCGCUGUGCUGCGUGUGCGGGCUCGCCGGCGACAGCGAGCGCGCGGCGGACAGCGGCGGCCGCCUGUUCCACUCGCUCGUCGCGCGCGCGCGGCAGCAGUGGCCGCUCGCCAACGCGCUGCUGCGGGCGCUGCAGCUCAUCAAGUCUGAAAACAAAGAUUACAAAAUACGUUGGCGAAUCGCACCGUGUUACCAGGCGCUGGCUAAAGAAAUCGACGAGCCAUACUUCCCUACGCCUCUGCGGGACACCCUAAAGUUCUUCAUUUCGAGCAAAAUGGCGUCGCUUCCGGCGGAGGUCAAAGACGUUAUCGAAAAACAUCCAAAUUUGUACACGUAGAAUAAAUGAGUGGAAAUAUAA